AUGGACAGUCAUGAUAUCUCUAACGUCAGAAAUCCAGAUCAGAAAUCUGUUGAUGCUGGUCAAAGUGCUGAGACUCUCAAGGAUCCUACCUUAUAUCCUCCUCUAACGGAAACUAUUGAAGACUGGGAAGAACGCCUAGAUAAACAACUGGACGAGCUUUCAAAUAAAAGUGACUCAAAGGAGGGACCAAGAUACGACAGUGGUUACACGCUGCUAAAAUCCAUCCUCAAAGACCGUGAUAAAGAUAUCCAGUCAAAGGAUGCUGAAUGUGAAAAACUUCAUAAAUGUAUCUACGAGUUGAAAGAAAAACUUGCAGAAUCUAAGGCAAUGUUUGACUCUCAACUAAAAGAGGCAAAUGACAGAGAACUUCUUCUUCACAACAAAGUGAAGCAAUUGGAAGAUGAUCUACAUACAUCUGUCAACAAGACAAGGUCUCUAGAAGGAAAUUUGAAAAGAAGGCGCCAGAGAAAGAAGGAUGUCUUAAUCAAGAAAGAAACAUCAUCGAGUAAAAGGGAUCACACUGUGUCAAAUGUAUCGGAUAUUGAUCACAUUCAUAUCAAUAAUCAUGUCGCCGAUUUAAAGACCAGUAUAAAUAACCUUAAGCGGAAAAUCAAGAAUCUAAGGAAGAAAGCUUUCUCAGAAGAGGAAAACAAUGAUGAGCUACUCGCUCAUACAACAACUUAG